AUGUUUUUAGAUCUUGAAACCGUGGGUAGCGCCAGGAUGGGCCCGCGGCGCCAGCUCACGAAGGGCGAGCUCUUGACGCGCGAGAGGAUUCGACAAGAGACCGAUGUUCGCGUGACCCAAACCAAUGCUAUGCAGCAUCAACUGCAGCACCUUGUCGACGUUGCAGCACCAAACGACCCGACAAUCUUCCGGGGUAUUUACAGCGACAAGCAGCCGUCUCUGUCGGCCUCCGAAGUGCGCGAGCUCGCAGCCAUUUCAGCACCGCCACUCGGGCCCGUCGAUACGACGGGCAUGUACCAUUUGCGGUCCAUCAAACACCCGUACCCUAUUCCAGGCUCCCAACUACGCCGAGAGAAGGAGCGCGAGCUGCAGGCGUCGGCUAAGAAGCAGCUCAUUUUUCUCCACACGUCGUCGGCGUCCACCAGUCGACUUCCACCAGCCUCGUCAGCGUACGAAGACUGCUUGCACACGCUCGAGCAAGGAAAGCUACACUUCUUGGCGACCAAUCUCCUCGGCGUUCUCGACGACAAAGCAGCCGCGUUAAAAAAGGACUCGCAAGCGCGGCAACACCGGCUUGCGACUCUUCAAGGCGAUAUUCAAGCCGUCGAAGCGUUCUGGCGCGCCCUCCUCGAAGGCCGGACACGCGAGGCCGUCUUGCUUGUCACGCAGCAUGAUUUUAUCGACGUCAAUCUCCCCGUCAACUACGACGCUUUGCGCAAAACCAUCUCGAUCGAGGCAAAAAAGAGCUUUGACGUCGCACUCACGCCACUCAUGCUGGCGGCCCGGCUGCACAACGUGCAAGUGGUCACCGCACUCUUGCAGGCCGGCGCCGACCCGCAGCUCGCAACAGCGAAUCAAGACACGGCGUUGCACUUUACGUGGCGUGAUGUGCCGCCACGUCAGAAGACCUUGCCCUGGGUCACCAUUGCCACGCAAGCAACGGCGACGCAAGAGGUGCUUCUCACACACGGCGCCUUGGCGAAUCACGCGAACACGUAUGGUGUCACGGCACUGCAUGAAUGCGCUCGGUUUGGCCUCAAGGACGCUGUCGUCCACCUGCUUCGGCACGAGGGAGACCCGCAUUUACGAGACAAGUGUGGCAAGUCCCCGCUUGACCUCGCGAACGAGCAUGGGCACAAGGACGUGUGGAGCUGCCUCGCAACGUUCCACACGAUUGCGCGCGUCCGAACCGAGUGCGAAGCGAUGCGCGACGCCAAGGCUCGCUUCAAAACGCCUGGCCUCUUGAGCCACGCAUGGUCACCUCCACCCGACCAGCUUCUCGCCAACCUGAAGCUCGCGUCGCACCGCGCCAAAUACCUCAAGGGCAACUACAUCACGCAGGCUGGCGCGCUCAUUUUGGCCGACGACCCGCUCGAGACAUGGACGAUGCGGUCGUCCUCAUAA